AUGGCUCAAUGUAGCAAAAAUAAUAAUUACAUUGAAGAUGAUGUCCUCAAAGUUUUGAAUAAUGAGCAGGAUUCAAUUGAGAAUUUGAAGAAAGAAUCGUUAAUACAAAUAAUUGACCAGGUGAAAGAGAUGGAAGACCAAAUUAUGGGUUAUUUGAAAACUCAAAAGGUUAUUCAAGAAAAAACAAGGGUUGAAAUGAAAAACAAAUAUGAUGAGUUAUUCAGGGAGAAAACUAAUGAGAGGAGAAAAAUGGAGGAGGAGUUAAAUGGAAUAAUAGAUAAAAUUAAGGAGAAAGCUGGAGAAUUAAGUAAGAUGGAUAUUAUGAUAAAGGAUGUAUCUAAAGAUAAUGAUUAUAUGUUAAAGUUAACUAAAAGUUGGGACGAAAAGAAAAAUUACUGGAAAACCUUAAUUGAUGAGCAAGAAAGAAAAAGUGAGCAACUUUCGGAUUUGGAUAGUUAUUUGUCUGAAAGGUUUAAGAAUUUGAAUGAGGAAUAUAACCAAAUAUUACAGGAAAAGAAGGGUUUAAUGGCUUCAAAAGAUAAUUUGGAGAUUUUGAUUGAGAAGUCAAAAAAGCAAGGUGAGGAAAAAAUGAGGGAGUUAUAUAUAGUGGAUAAGGAAAUAAAAGAUGAGUUGGAAACAAAAAUAAAUGAAAAUAAUAGUAUUUCUGUAGAAAUAACAAGAUUGAAGGAAAAAAACGAAUCUAUAGAGAAAAGGAAGGUAUCAAUUAAAGAAGAAAUAAUAAAAUUAGAAAAUGAUCUCGCCUCAAAGGUAGAUAAGAUUAAAUUUUGCAAGGAGGAAUUAUUGAGAACUAGUGACGAAUUGGAUAAAAAAAAACUAGAAACAUCUAAAUUUAUGCAAGAAUUGAUUGAAAAUAAAAGGUACACAAAUGAAAUUAAUGAAUUAAAUAUUUGCUUAGAAGAGAAAAGAGAAAGAUUGAGACAAAUAGAUGCAAGAAGUGAAACUAGCCACAAUUACGACAAGAUAGUAGAGUUGGAGCAUAUUAAUGAAGCAAAUCAUUUGCUUGAGGAGGAAAUUAUGUCAUUGAAUUCAAAAAUUAAACAUGAAGAGAGGGAUUUAAUAGAUGAAAUUUCAAAAUUGAAGGAAUCAAAAGUUCUUAUUUCAUCUGAAAAUAUUGAUGAAACAUUAACAGAAUUGGAAAAGGGAUUAAUGGGAAAUAAAUUAGAUAAUAUGACUUUAAUUGAGAAUUUGGGCCAAGAAGAAACAACAAUAGAUGAUAUAUUCAACCAAAUUACUAAAAUACGUCAACUAUUGGAUAUUAAUGACAGUGAUAACGAUAAUAAUGAAGAUGAAGUUUCAAAUAAGAGAAGAAAAGGGAAAUUGAGAAGAAGCAAGGCUAAGAAUACCCAGCCUAUGGAGCAAGUCUUAAUACAGUCAUUAAGGAUGAUUCAAAAGAUAGACCAAUCUAGAGGAUCAAUAAAUGAUAGUUUCAAUUUUAAAGAGAUUCAACAAAAGUCUCACAACAUUGCGAAUGAAGACAAUAAAAAUCCGGUAACAAAAUCUCCUGACAGUCCAAAGAGUGGGGUAUCUGGCUUUGGAAGAAGAGUAAUUAUUUCUAAUAGAAGAUUAUUAACACCAAGAAAGGGUUUAUUUGCGCCUAUUCCACAAUCUAGUCGUCACAGAGGAUCUAGGUGUGGCGACGACGAUACUCUUUUUGGAUCCGAUUUAUAA